AUGAGCGACCGACCUCCUCCUCGCAAGAAGUCGCGCUUCUUCAGCAACGGCAAGAGUAAGAUCGGUAACAUCCUGCACCCAUUCAAGAAGUCUUCGCAGCACAGAGACGAUCCAAACAAGUCCGAGCCAAAAGCCUCUACGUCGGCCGGGACGAACCAACCCAUCAACACUGCCUCGCCUUCUUAUACCUUUCCUCCCAACCAGUCGAGACAAGAGGUGGCGUCCACCAUUCUCCCCUCCACUGAACCAUCCAGCGCUACUGCUGCUGCAGCACCACCGCCGCUUGGGUCGGUAUCUUUCACUCCCAACGUACCUACGACGACAUUCGAAUUUCGGCGUGCGAGCGGAGUCGACUCAAGCAGGGUUCAGAUUAGCUCACGCAAGCCGACCAAACGGCGCAGACGAUCUCAGCGGAUUAUGUCCGAUAGUGAAGCAGAAACAGAUGUUGAAGAAGGGGAUGAUGAUGAACCAGGCCAAACUGAAGAACUCGGUCAAAGCGAUACAGAGAAUGCGGAUCCUCAAAAUCCAGCUCACGCGACAGCUUCUUCUUCAUCGUCGUCCUCGCCGUCCUUGCCGGAGAGAGCGACCAUCAGAGAUAGACGACGAGAGGGGAUCUACGGAGUCGAGUCUCUUCUUGCUCAAAAUCCUGGUUUAUCAGGAACAGCGACGCAAGACCCAGCUGCCAACGCGGAGCCUACGCGCAGUGUGAGCCACGGCCCCACCAAUUCCAUUGCCAAUCCCAACCGUCCCUUCGCAUCAUUCCUUCUUCCAACGGGCGGAACGCCACCAUACGUGGACAUUGACCGAGACGCCCGAGGCAGACGUCUCCCGCGACCACCACCGAUAUCUUAUCUCCCCAACGUGGCACCAGUAUUCCAACGAGGACAAUUGCCUCCAGAAUUUGCGGCAAGCCUGCUCAAACCCUUGCCAUUAGCGACACCAGCACCACAUCUGGCCAACCCGGAAUCCCUGGUCCCUGAACACGAAUACACGGCGCCGAACCGGGUCUACCAUGCCCAGCACUACGCGCGAAUCUCGUUGAAGCGCAAACGACCCGAAACCAUUCUCCCACCCCCGUCAUACGUGUGGAAGCGCACCAAUGACCCGAACUUCAACGUGUUCCAAGGCAUUCUGUUGUAUCCGGAACUGGUGUUUGCAUUGGCAUCGGUUCUUCCUGUCAGAGACCUGAUCAGCCUGUACGCGAUUAGCAAGGACUUCCACACCAUCAUCGACACGCGAUUCACCACGGUAGUUCUCAGCCAAGCGGUGCGCAAAGCCCCCGAAUCGGCACGCACAUUUUCCUUCCGGUCGUACGCCCACCUCUGUCGCCAGGAUCCCGUGGCGCGCAUUCCUCACCCCAACAUCCGCAAGGCCGAGCAAAAUGUGGCGCGCAAGAUUCCCUCCUUCCGCUGGCUCCAGAUGGUGUUGCACCGUGAGAAAGUCGUGCAUGAGAUGAUGGCCGUGUUUGCCGAGGACGGCAUCCCGCUGCCCUACCGCUGCCGUCUCGCCAUCAAGCGCCUCUGGUUCAUGCUGGACAUUCCCGACAACGCCCGCCGCAUCGGAUACUGCCACAACAAGCGGCUGAUGACGGACUUUGACUUGCACUUUGCAGCGUGUUUCUUCACCAAACUCGACAUGCGCCUCAACGAUCCAACGGCCGGCGAGAAGCGCGACCACAUGCGAAAGCUGCUCCUGUCGCAGCGCAGCUUCACCACCAUCCUUAAAGUGCUCAAACGCGACAUCUGGACCAGCCGCUUUGCCAUCCUUAAGGAGUGGAUCAAGUUGAGACACACACCACUACAGGACGAGCGCAGCAUGACCGUCUUUGGUAUUCCUCCCGACCAAGCCGGCCGCGGCCGUCUCGAGUACUGGGGCAUCCGAAGUGCCGAGCAACUCGGUCGUGAGCCUGAGACCCUUCUCCGUCCCGACCAGUUGAUUGUCCGUGAGGCUUUCCGUCGCGGUAUCCCAUUUGGCGAGGACUACAUCCGUUUCGUGCUCUACGGCUACGUCAGACCAGACACGCUCGACAACUAUGCUCCGCGCAAGUAUGGUCGCCGAAUCGACGCCCUCAAGGAUGACGAGUACGAGAUUGACGAUGCCAUUGGCGGAGUGGCCGCGUUGGGUAUCGGAGAUGAUGGCUUCGAUGACUUACUCGACCUGGGCCCCCCACGUGAGGGAGGCAUCUACACGAUUGUCAAGGAGAAGACGAGCAAGGCCGAAAUGGAACUCCGACAGUCCCAGGAACGGCUUCUGAAACGCUGUUUGGAGUGGUGGGAGCGCGAGCACACAGAGUUGCUUGACUCUGAGGCAACGCAGGAGCAGGAGAGCUCCGCAACAGCAGAGACAGAUGUUGACUGA